AUGCUGGGACGUUCACGGCGGGCUGUGUCCUCCCUGCGCCCACCCACUGCCUCUUCCCGCUGCUGGGGGCAGCCAUUGCAUGCGUGGCGAUUUCUGCUGGAGCUCCUCCUUCCUUGGGGCCACGGGCGUUCUGUGGCCACAGAGCGGGUGGCUGGGGGCGGGGCCGGGAGCCAGGACUCCUGGGUUCUCUCCCCGGUGCUGGGAGAGGAGUGGGGGCUGGUGGGUUGGAGCGGGGGGGGGCCGGGAGCCAGGACUCCUGGGUUCUCUCCCCGGCUCUGGGAGGGGAGGGGGGCGAAUGUCUCUAACAGGGGCUCUGUCUCCCCAGGCUGUGGCUUCCGGCCGGGAUACAACAGCCCCAGCCCCUCCCCCGCACCCCGCAUCAUUGGGGGGCAGAAAAGCCGCCCUGGGGAAUGGCCCUGGGUUGUGAGUCUCCAGACCCAAGGGCACCACUUCUGUGGGGGGAGCGUCAUACACUCCUGGUGGGUGCUGAGCGCAGCCCACUGCUUCCACGACACCCGGCCCCAGGACGUGACGGUGGCGGCCGGCAGCGUGACCCUGGGCAUCGGCGGCGUUACCCGGCGGGUUCGGCGGAUCCUGUCCCACCCCAGCUACAGCCGCAGCACCCACGACUCGGACCUGGCCCUGCUGCUGCUGAGCCGCCCCCUGCCCCCCGGCCGGGGCCUCGGCCUCAUCUGCCUCCCCGGGGAGCAGGACGACGAGGACGAGGGGCAGUGGGGCAGCUGCUACGUGGCCGGGUGGGGCACCACGGAGUACG